AUGCACAAGAAUCUCAAAGCAUGGGCACGGGCUUGUAUUGCCUGUCAACGGAAUGAGUUCCAACGGCACAACAAAGCUCCCAUUGGCACCUUCCUUAUUCCGGACGAGCGAUUCCGUUCUGUCCACCUGGACACUGUAGACCCCUGCCUCUAUCCAAUGGCUAUUCCUAUCUCCUCAUCUACGUGGAUCGAUUCACCCGGUAGCCGGAAGCUACGUUCCUGCCCGAUGUCUCUGCUCCAACGGUCGUCAAAGCUUUCCUCAGUUGCUGGGUUGCCAUCUAUGGUGCACCCUCCACUAUCAUGACUGACCGCAGUGCCCAACUUGAAUCUAACCUCUUCAAGUCUCUUCUCUCUUUUAGGUCUGCACUCGCAUCAGCACUACAGCCUUUCAUCUGUCCGCCAAUGGGAUGUUCGAGCUGUUUCACAGUCAGUUGAAGGCCUUCCUACGCGCCGCAGACGAUCCGGAGAACUGGACAGACCGUCUCCCCCUGGUCUUGCUGGACAGGACCUUGACUGUCCUGCUGCUGCACUCGUGUUCGGUGCCACCGUCCGACUUCCCGGUCAGAUGAUCUCGCCAACUCCGCGAGUUGCAGUUGAGGAUCCUACAAACCUCCUGCAUCGCCUCCGGCAGUUUGUGCGGACACUUUCUCCGGUUCCGCCCGGGCCGCACGUCUCCGAGAUUUACAUCGAGAAAGAUUUGGCAACGUGCCCUCACGUCUAUCUCCAAUGUGGUCGAGUCCGCCGGCCCCUGAAACCACCCUACGACGGGCCCUUCCGAGUUAUCUCUCGUGGGACGAAGAACCUCCGCAUGCAACGCGGACCUCGCGAGGAGGUCGUGAGCGUGGAACGUCUUAAAGCUGCCGUCCCGGACGCUCCACCGGAUGAACCCUGUGAUCCCCUACCCCCUGCUCCGCCCCCCCCCUGA